CGAGGCGAGGCGAGGCACGCCGACGCGCGACGGCCGACGACGAGAUGAGGCCGACACGCGUGCUCCGUUCAGGUCAGGUGCGGCGGCGAGAACCUUCCUUAUGACAUGGAUUUCGAGGCUCCUGAACUACAGUGUACCGGGUGUCCUCAACCAAGACAGUUGCGUGAUAUCGCGUCACACGCGUCGUCGUGAAACGCGCCGCGAGCGAAUGCACGAAAUCGUCAUUGCGAUAAAAAGGCACAAAACGAUUUUUCCAACGAGAAUCGUGUUAGGCUACUCAAAGUCUUCAGCUAUAACAAUCUGCGCGAGCUCGUUGUUGAACGAGCGACUCGACAGUGCGUGCAUGCUGAAUUCGGCGCGGUCGACCUUCCGUGAAGCGUUCAAGAUUGUCCCAAGGGUCCUUAUGGUAACCGGAAGACAAGGUGGCUAUCUUCCGACUGAGUUCCAAGGGCUGAAAGGCUGGCGACGUCGUUGGAUUCAUUCGGCCAUUACCUACAUUUAGAGGAACCAUGAUUAGCAGGAACGAUACCAUCCUGCGAGGAAUUGAAACGGAAUGCGAAAACGCGGGCUGCAGGCAUGAUAACAACAACGAUCGAAAUUGUUCUACGAGCGUUACGAGCAUCAGAAAGGAAGAUGCUCGCGUGGAAAGGAGCGAGAGCAAUCGCCAUCGGCCACAUAGAGCUCCGUUGGUUGGUUGGCAAAACGGAAGUCCUACAAUUUAUUCGAGUUUCCUCCAGCAAAGCGUGGAUUUCGACGAGACCAGCUUACCCUCGAAAAGCUGUUGUAAUGUACGUGAAAUUAAUUGUUUGGAUGCAAGCGAUACAACGGAGAGACCGAUUGACGCAAUCGAGUCGCUCGACUGUCGCUCGACUGUCGGGACGACAGUCAUCAAGCCGAUGAAACGGAGCGAUGCUUGGGACAAAAUUCAGGAGGCACCCGUGAUUGAUCGCGAGAGAUACGCCGACAGAGAUACAAGUAUAAGAAGAAAUCAAAAGCGAGUCAAGGAUUCCAUAGAUUCGUUAAGCAUCUCGGAGCGAGAGGAUUCGUCGAGUUUUACGGCGAGGGAGACAAAACGUAAGAAAGCGAAAGUGCCUGACGGCGGUUGGGGCUGGGUAGUCGUUUUAGCCUCUCUAAUUAUCUCCAUGGUGGCCGAUGGUGUCUCCUUCAGCUUCGGCUUGCUUUACAUCGAGUUCCUUCAUGAAUUUGGCGCCUCGAAAUCCAAGACCGCCUGGAUCGGGUCGCUCUUCAUGGCCGUGCCUCUUCUGUCCGGACCGAUCAUGUCUGCCCUUGUCGAUCGUUAUGGAUGCAGGAACAUGACCAUCGUUGGCGGUCUGAUAUCAGGGCUGGGCUUCAUCCUGAGUAUCUUUAGCAAUACCAUCGAGAUAAUGUACUUAACUUUCGGCGUGAUCGCGGGUCUCGGUCUUGGUUUGUGCUACGUCACCGCGGUUGUAAGCAUCGCCUUUUGGUUCGACAAGAAACGAACCCUAGCUGUAGGUCUCGGGGCAUGCGGCACUGGAAUCGGUACGUUUCUCUACGCUCCUAUGACUACGUAUCUGAUCGAGGAGUAUGGCUGGCGAGGCGCUUGUUUGCUCCUAGCCGGUACUUUCUUCAAUAUGAUCGUCGCGGGUACCGUUAUGAGAGAUCCGGAAUGGUGGAUUCUGGAGCAGCGCAAACAGGACCAAACUGCUCUGCCGAAGAAAUCCGCUCUCGGCCGCUCGGACGUAAGUUCGUCGGACGAGUUUCCAGGCGUCGAGGAGCUGAGAAAGCUCUUUAGAAGUGACCGCGCGCCUGAAUAUUUUUUACAAAAUCUAAGUACCAGUACUAAAGCGGUCGAUGGAGCGAAGAGGCAGACGACGAGUGUAGUUAAUUUACCAACUUUUGUAAAGCGAAGCGAAAAGGUGCCUUUGGAGGUAUUGGAGUUAUUGCUAUCCAAUUCUAGGCUGUACACUGUCAUUCUGGAGAAUUACCCCAGCCUCUUGUUGUGUAGAAGUUUGUCCGAUAAACAGCUGCAAGACUCGACGGGAGAGAUUUGUAAUAAAAGCGGCGUCACGAUGUCAAUGAGGCUUAAACGAGCAACGGAAUCGAAAGCGAUCGUUGAACAAAAAAAAGAUUCAACCUCCGUUCACGCUCCGACGAAACUUGUUUGCGCCAGAAAAAUAUCCAGGAAAGAAAUAGAGGAAACUAAUCCUUUGCUAGGAAAGGAAAUCAUGCAUACGGUCGCACCGAUUGAAAAAAAGAAAUCCGUGUCCACUCGACGCUAUGUCGAGCCACAGUCCAGUAAUGUCAUCAGGACAGACUCCUUACCUUGGCUCAGACGACAAUUCAGCACCAACACUCAUUAUUUCAAGGAUAUCAGAGUGCACAGAAAUUCCGUUAUGUAUCGCGGUGCUGCUUUAAAUCUGCACAAAUACAGGCUUAGAGCGAGUAGUUGUCCUGACAUCUAUAGAAAUAGUAUGACCACAUUGGCAAGAGAGAACGAACAGAAGUGGUACGCCGAACUGAUAGACUUAUUAAAAAGUAUGUUGGAUUUCUCCAUGUUUUUCGAAUUGCAUUUCCUGUUAAUGUCAUUGUCGACGAUAUUGUUAUUCACAUGGUUCAUUGUACCGUAUUUUUACCUGGCGGAGCAUAUGACUAGAAACGGUUACGCCGAGUCCGAUGCCGCUAAUCUUCUCAGCAUCAUCGGUAUAACCAAUACCAUCGGAAUGAUUGGUCUAGGCUGGGCUGGCGAUCAAUCCUGGAUGAAUGUCAGCAAGACAUAUGCUUGGUGCCUGAUAGCCUGUGGAGCAGCUACUAUAUUGAUGUCUGUGUUCACUCAACAUUACGUAUUUCUAUCGAUAAGCUCGGCAGCUUUCGGUCUUUUCUUUGCCAGUAAUUUUAGUUUCACGCCCGUUAUAUUAGUAGAAUUGAUUCCUUUAGAAAGAUUCACUACCGCUUAUGGUCUUAGCUUAUUGUGUCAAGGAAUCGGUAAUCUUUUGGGACCUCCAUUGGCUGGAUGGUUCUUUGAUGUGACCGGUUCAUGGGAACUUUCUUUCCUGAUGGCUGGUGGUUGGAUCAUUGUCUCUGGAAUCUUGGUAGGUAUUAUACCGUAUACAAGAAAUCGUAAGAUUUUCGGUAGUGGACCAAUCGAGAUGGAACGAACGAAUGGCGAUGAUUGUUCGGCAUAGAGAACAAAAAUACACUUUUAUUACGUUUAUAAAUUGCGCAUUGGCAUCAGAUAGAACAAAAUUAAUGAAUGAAAUCAAAUUUUAAUUAAUCUAAUGUGUCAUUCGAAAGAAUCUCACUCCGUUUUAUAUCGAGCGAGCAGUGCUUAUACAUGUACGUGUGUGUGUGUGUGUGUAUGAUAUACAGGAUCUCUGCAUACAGUGCCAAAAUUAUUGCUACAGUGACUUCAGUAUAUGAAAACAAGUCGAAAAUGUCUAAUAAACAUAUAUAUGUUCGAUUCCGAACGGUUUUGGAGUUACGGGAUAUUGAAGUAGGAAAACAUGAAUCGUAGUAAAUGUUGUUUAAUGUUCGUUAUUCUAUUGUUUUGAAUCCUGAAUCUUUUUCUAUAGACUAAAUCUUUCAUUCCUAUUCCCGAAAU